AUGAUUCCUAUGAUAAAGAAGCAAAUCAGUUCUCUUGAACAAAAGGUGGAACAACUUAUUGAUAAAAUUAGCUCACUAGAACUGCCUAGAGAUAACAAAGCCACAAAUCUUGACACCAUCAUCCAGGAAGUGGAGGAAAGUAAAUUCCGUGAAAAUAAUAUUAUUAUUUAUAACCUCCAUGAAACCAACUCUAGCACAGCACCAGCAAGAAUUGAAGAAGAUAUGAAGAAAGUUAAACAAACUUUAAGCGUGAUCAAUCCCAAUAUUCAAGUUAAAAAAGGCAUUAGACUUGGUAAUAUCAAGAAUAAUAUGUCACGUCCACUUAAAGUAGUCCUUGAAAAUAAGAAUGUAGCACUAUCAAUUUUAAAAAAUAACAAUAAACUUGUUGCAUCCAAUAUUAAGAUUAACUCCGAUUCCACCUAUCUACAGAGAAAAUACCUUAGUGAACUUCGUACUAAUUUGGCAGAUAGGGUUUCAAAAGGUGAAGAAAAUCUUACCAUUAGGACGUUUCUUUUCGGGUACAAAUUUACAAAAUCUAAACAGUUUAAUAGUAUUUCCAUCAAUGUUGGAAUUACCUAG